UAUGACAUUUGGGGACACAUUUUAGAAACGGACAAGGUAGGAGAUAGGGAGUAAAACUAAAUUAAUAGCCCAUAGAGGAUAUGUAUGUCUAUUCAUACUAAAAUAAAUAUGAAUUAUAUUUGAAGUAUAAUUAUUAUUAUUUGUGUGUUUCGAGUCACCCGUGAAGGAAACAUAAUAUCGUUAGCCGGCUAAGGCAAAAUAUUUUUCAAAAUGGCUGCGCCCACAUAAUGUUGGAUAUGUUACAGAUAGUUUAGCUAACUAGCAUAGUUACAUCACAUUACUAGCGCCUUGGCUCUACAUUUUUUAACUACUAAUACAUUUUGUUUGUUUAUCUUGUUACUUUCUUGUAAAAUUCUGUCAAAAAAACGGGUGUACCUUGCUAGCAAGUCAUUUUCAAAGCAGAUGUCAGCUUGGUCGGACUACUUGCUAUUCUGGCUAGUUAGGUAUAUUCUUUGCAGUGCAAUUAUUUCAUGUUUUGACAUCCAGCUAGAUACAGUUGAUAAGACAAACGAAAGGGACACGUUAUUCUUACAAACUUCCAGGGAUGCUACCAACAACAUGUCGCUGUGCGAAAGCCCUGCAGCUCACCCUUGCGGUAAUCAAGCCUGAUGCGGUGGCACACCCGCUCAUUGUAGAGGCCCUUCAGCAGAGGAUCCUGGAGAACAACUUCAUCAUUGUCAGGUCCAAAGAUAUUGUCUGGAGGAGACAAGACUCUGAGAAAUUCUACUCUGAACAUGCAGGAAGGUUCUUCUACCAGAGGCUGGUGGAGUUCAUGUCCAGUGGUCCAAUGCGAGCGUACGUCCUGGCCAGAGAAGAUGCCAUAUCGUCCUGGAGGGACCUGAUGGGCCCCACCAAGGUGUUCAGGGCCCACUACACCUCUCCGUCCAGCCUCAGGGCCCAGUAUGGACUCACUGACACCAGGAACACCACCCAUGGCUCAGAUUCGGCGGAGGCGGCACAGCGGGAGAUUAAUUUCUUCUUCCCCGAAUUCGAUGCAGAGGAGUGGCUGAAGAGAGAGGAGCUGAGGGCCAGAGAGGGAUGUGUGGAGGGUGACCAGCGCUGACCUCUAUACACUGUAACAACAGCACAUUGUCCUAAAUACAGUAUAUAUAUAUAUAUAUAUAU